AUGGGUAGCGGCCAUUUUAAAAAUGACUUCAGGUCCCAAUCCAACAGGGGCCGCGGCGCCGUCUGUCUGAAUGUGUUCUAUGGUCUGGGACCUCGACCUUUUCCUCAAGUGAGCGAGCGCCAAGUGAAAAUCUGGUUCCAGAACCGCCGCAUGAAACUCAAGAAGGAAAUGCGAGCCGUGCGGGAAAUCAACGAACAAGCCCGUCGGGAACGCGAGGAACAAGAACAGAGAACGAGGGCUAAGCGAUCGUCGACUUCCGCCGCCGCCGCCGCCGCCGCCGCCGUCGGCGCUCCGGCGGCAACGGCGUCCGACUUGAGCUCCAGCGGCGCAGCUGCUGCUGCUGCCUCCGCCGCAGCAGGAGUGACACCUGCUGGUGGUGCUGCUGCUUCGUCUUCUUCUUCGUCUGUGAGGACUGUAGUGGGACAACGGCGGCCGACGAUGAACGACGAAGACGACGAUUCCUGUGACAGCCCUGAUUCUUCCUAA